GCGACAGGCCGGUCGAACGCCACAUCAGUUCUAAAUUUAAUUAACAAAAACUGGGCUAAAACCAGCCAAAAACUGGUGAAAAGUGAAGUUACGUGGAAAGGAAAACCUAAAGUUCCUCCCUGUAUUCCUUAUCCGUAAUGUGCGUAGUGAAAACCCAGCAAUAACGAGUGGAAACAAUGUUACGUGCCGUGGUUGUGUGUGUGUCAGUGGUGCUCCUAGCGCAAUAUACGCCGAUUUCUGGAGAAUCAAGUCAGAGUUAUCCCAUUACCACGCUGAUCAAUGCCAAGUGGACGCAGACUCCUUUGUACCUGGAGGUAGCCGAAUAUCUGGCCGAUGAGCAGGCAGGUCUCUUUUGGGACUACGUUUCCGGGGUGACCAAGUUGGACACGGCUCUAAAUGAAUAUGAUACGGAAUCUCAGCAGUACAAUGCCGCUUUGGAGCUGGUCAAAAGCCAUGUCAGUGCGCCCCAGUUGCCGUUGCUCAAGCUGGUGGUCUCCAUGCACAGCUUGACGCCAAGGAUUCAGACCCACUUCCAGUUGGCCGAAGAGCUUAGGAGCAGUGGAUCCUGUCAAGGCUUCACUUUUGCGCAGGUGGGUUCCGAACUGGCCUGCAGCUACAACGAGCUACAGAAGAAAUUGGAACUGCCGCUGGCUAAGGAUAGUUUGGAUGCCGCUGUUGUGACCUACAGUUUUGAUCACAUUUUUCCAGGCAGCGAGAAUAAUACGCGCAUUGUAGUUUUGUAUAGCGAUUUGGGCAGCUCCCAAUUCCGGACCUAUCAUAAGUUACUGGAAAAAGAAGCCAACGCUGGCAAGAUUCGUUACAUCCUGCGUCAUCAGUUAGCCAAGAAGGAUAAGCGACCGGUUCGUCUCUCAGGUUAUGGUGUUGAACUCCAUCUGAAGUCCACGGAAUACAAGAGCCAGGAUGAUGCUCCCAAGCCAGAAGCGGGUUCUACUUCUGAUGAGGAUCUGGCUAAUGAAUCCGAUGUCCAGGGCUUUGAUUUCAAGGUGCUGAAGCAGAAGCAUCCUACACUCAAAAGAGCUCUGGAUCAACUGCGUCAGAGGCUUCUUCAAGGAAACGAUGAGAUCGCUCAACUGAAAGCCUGGGAGUUCCAGGACUUGGGUCUUCAGGCCGCUGCUGCCAUAGCUGAAAUCCAAGGGGAUGAAACUCUGCAGAUUCUACAAUAUACUGCCCAUAAUUUUCCCAUGUUGGCCAGAACCCUGUUGGCCCACAAAGUUACGGAUGGCCUGAGGGCAGAAGUCAAGCACAAUACGGAAGCAUUUGGUAGAAGCUUGAAUGUUGCACCACCUGAUGGUGCCCUCUUUAUCAACGGACUGUUCUUCGACGCGGACACCAUGGAUCUCUAUUCACUAAUUGAGACUUUGCGCUCUGAGAUGCGUGUUCUCGAAAGCCUGCACAGCAAUAAUGUGAGAGGUAACCUGGCGAGUUCUCUGCUCGCUCUGGAUCUCACUGCCUCUAGCAAAAAGGAAUUCGCUAUCGAUAUCCGCGACACUGCUGUGCAGUGGGUAAACGAUAUUGAAAACGAUGCACAGUACAGGAGGUGGCCCUCGUCCGUGAUGGAUCUUCUGCGUCCAACGUUUCCUGGCAUGCUGAGGAAUAUUCGAAAGAAUGUGUUCAACUUGGUUUUGGUAGUGGAUGCCCUGCAGCCCGCAGCCAGAAGUGUUAUUAAGCUGUCUGAAUCAUUUGUCAUUCAUCAAGCUCCCAUUCGAUUGGGUUUGGUCUUCAAUGCAGGGGAUGCCAACAAGGAUAAUAUUGCGGAUUACAUAGCCAUCACUUGUGCUUUCAACUAUGUGACUCAAAAGAAAGAUGCUCGUUCUGCCUUGAGCUUCCUCACGGACAUCUAUGCAGCAGUGGGUGAGACCAAAGUGGUGACGAAGAAAGAUAUAGUAAAGCAACUCACAAAGGAGUUCACUACCUUGAGCUAUGACAAGGCAGAGGAGUUCCUGGAGGAAGAUUCGACCUACGACUACGGCAGGGAGCUGGCAGCGGAGUUCAUUCAGCGAUUGGGUUUCGGCGACAAGGGACAACCGCAGGCUUUGCUUAACGGUGUUCCAAUGCCCACUAACGUUGUUACCGCAGAUAGUGACUUCGAAGAGGCCAUUUUCACCGAGAUUAUGACCCAUACCACCAAUCUGCAAAAGGCUGUUUACAAAGGUGAAAUGACGGACAGCGAUGUGGCCAUAGAUUACUUGAUGAACCAGCCCCACGUGAUGCCUAGAUUGAAUCAGAGGAUUCUUAGCCAAGAGGACGUGAAAUAUCUGGAUGUUAAUGGCGUGGCCUACAAGAAUCUUGGCAACGUAGGUGUUUUAAAUCGUCUGUCAAAUCGUGAUAUGACCGCCACAUUAAUGGACAAUCUUAAAUACUUUGGAGGCAAGAAGUCUACGGAAUUAAUUGGUCGAUCAAAGCUGCAGUUCCUUACGAUUUGGGUAUUUGCGGAUCUAGAGACCGAACCGGGUCGUUCCCUGCUAACUCACGCUUUAGAAUAUGUACAAAGCGGAGAAAGUGUCCGUCUUGCAUUUAUUCCGAACACUGAAAGCUCAUCCAUAUCAGACAAGAAGAAUCUGAAUCGUCUGGUCUGGGCUGCCAUGCAGAGUCUUACGCCAACUGAAGCCACGGAUCAGGUUCUCAAGUGGCUGAAGAAACCAAAGGAAAAUAUUGAGAUACCCUCUCAGCUGGAGGAUAUUCUUGGUUCUACAGAAUUGCACUUAAAAAUGUUGAGGGUGUAUUCCCAGCGUGUUCUGGGUCUAAAUAAAUCUCAGCGUUUGGUUAUCGGUAAUGGCCGGCUUUAUGGACCUCUGAGCUCGGAAGAAACCUUCGAUAGUGCUGAUUUCGCUUUGCUGGCCAGAUUUAGUUCAAUGCAAUACGGUGAUAAGGUGCGUCAGGUCUUAAAGGAAUCCGCUCAAGAUGUCAGCGAGGAAUUCACAAGCGAUACGUUGCUCAAGCUUUAUGCAAGUUUGCUGCCCAGGCAAACUAAAACUCGUUUUAAGCUGCCCACAGACCUCAAAACUGAUCACUCGGUUGUAAAACUGCCACCCAAACAGGAGAAACUCCCCCAUUUUGAUAUAGUUGCCGUUUUGGAUCCCGCCUCUCGAGCAGCCCAAAAGCUAACGCCAAUACUGAUUUUGCUCCGUCAGGUACUAAACUGUCAACUGAAUCUGUACCUCAUUCCCGUGCCCCAGCACAGCGAUAUGCCUGUGAAGAACUUCUACAGAUAUGUUGUAGAACCAGAGGUGCAAUUCGAAGUGAAUGGCGGAAGAUCCGAUGGUCCUUUGGCCAAAUUCAGUGGGUUGCCUGCUAACCCUUUGCUGACCCAGCAGUUGCAGGUUCCCGAAAACUGGCUGGUUGAAGCUGUAAGAGCAGUAUACGAUUUGGAUAACAUUAAGUUGACUGAUAUUGGUGGACCAGUGCACAGUGAAUUCGAUUUGGAGUAUCUUCUAUUGGAAGGUCACUGCUUUGAUGCAGCUAGUGGAGCUCCGCCUAGGGGACUGCAGUUGGUAUUGGGUACCCAGUCUCAGCCGACUCUGGUAGAUACGAUAGUGAUGGCGAAUUUGGGUUAUUUCCAAUUGAAGGCCAAUCCAGGAGCUUGGUCGCUACGCCUGCGUGAGGGAAAAUCCGAAGAUAUUUAUGCCAUAAGUCACAUUGAAGGAACAAAUACCCAUCACACCGCUGGAUCAUCUGAAGUUCAAGUUCUCAUAACCUCCCUGCGAUCUCAUGUCGUUAAAUUGAGGGUAGCCAAGAAACCUGGAAUGCAGCAGGCGGAACUCCUUGCUGAUGAUAAUGAACAGGCAGCGCAAUCUGGCAUUUGGAACAGUAUCGCUAGCAGUUUUGGUGGAAGCAAUUCUAACCAGCCAGCAGCCGAUGAGGAUGCUGAAACUAUCAAUAUUUUUUCUGUGGCAUCGGGACAUCUCUACGAGCGUCUGCUGAGGAUCAUGAUGGUUUCCCUGCUAAAGCACACGAAGUCGCCCGUGAAAUUCUGGUUUUUGAAGAACUACCUUUCCCCACAGUUCACUGAUUUUCUGCCUCAUAUGGCCAGCGAGUACAACUUCCAAUACGAGUUGGUCCAAUACAAAUGGCCACGUUGGCUGCAUCAGCAAACAGAAAAACAGAGGACCAUUUGGGGAUACAAGAUUCUCUUCCUGGAUGUGCUCUUCCCACUAAAUGUGAGAAAAAUCAUUUUUGUGGAUGCCGAUGCCAUAGUAAGAACCGAUAUUAAGGAACUGUAUGACUUGGACCUUGGAGGAGCUCCCUAUGCCUACACACCUUUCUGUGACUCGCGCAAGGAGAUGGAGGGCUUCCGCUUUUGGAAGCAAGGAUACUGGCGAAGCCAUCUGAUGGGCAGACGAUACCAUAUUUCCGCUUUGUACGUCGUGGAUUUAAAGAGAUUCCGAAAGAUUGCAGCUGGAGAUCGACUAAGAGGUCAAUACCAAGCACUCAGCCAGGAUCCAAACAGUUUAUCCAAUCUGGAUCAAGAUUUGCCCAACAAUAUGAUUCACCAGGUGGCCAUUAAAUCCCUGCCCGAUGAUUGGCUGUGGUGUCAGACAUGGUGCAGCGACAGCAACUUCAAGAGUGCCAAGGUGAUCGACUUGUGCAACAAUCCGCAGACUAAGGAAGCAAAACUCACUGCCGCUCAGAGGAUUGUGCCCGAGUGGAAGGACUAUGAUGCAGAGCUGAAGACCCUGAUGGCUCGGAUCGAGGAUCACGAGAAUUCGCAUGGCAGAGACUCGACGGUUGAUGAUUCAGUUGACGAUCAUGUAGAGGUCACCACUGUAACGCCUUCUCAUGAACCUAAGCACGGCGAGCUGUGAUCAACGCGUAGUUAAAUCAACAUGUUUAGUGAAUUUAAGUCAAAUAUUGAUGGAUACACUUUUGAUUACUUAGCUAAGACCCAUCCCCAGACAUAACAACUAAACACAUUUGUACAUUUUAAUUAGAACUUAAUGCAAUUGAUAUCUUAAACAACAAAACAGCUCACUAAAGUCUGAAUUGUUCUAUUAAUUCAAUUUCAAACGAUUUUCUAUUCUUGCAUUCCAAGAGCUAUGGCCACUAAUUGAAUUAAGAUGAAACUGAAUGUCAUUAAACUAUUACAAAAACGAGGAUCCUAUAAGUUGAAAAGUUUUUCAAAUGUAUUAAAAGUUAAAGUAAAUAGUAACAAA